CGCGAGCCUGCCCGCGCCGUACAGUAGACGGCUGGAUUCAGUGGCGCUCGGAGGUUGUCCGGAGCGUUCGCGUGUGUGACUGUGUGUGUGUGUGUCUGUGAGGUAGUGACUCGGGAGGUGUGUUCCGUCCUCCACGACCAUCACUUUUUAAUCGCCAAAGUCCAUUUGUUAACCGUAAGUUUACCCAACUUUCCCCGGUCACUUUUUGCUCCGUCUACGUUUUCUUCUGCUUCUCCCCCCUUCCCCUCAUCCUCUUCUAUUAACCCGCUCUAUCUGCCAGCGAAGAGCCAUUAUGCCGGACGACAUGUCGCACUCGGUGACCGUGACCCGGACCACCACGACGACCACAACGUCGGCCAUCCUGCUCAACACGGGCUACUUCAAGACCUACCCGGGGCUGCUCAAGCUGUUCGAGCUGCUCAUUGGCGCCGCUAUCGUCGGCAUCACUGCCCACUACGGCUCCAACUACUACCACAACUAUGUGACGCAGUCGCCCGAGAUCUUCCUCUGCAUCGUGGCGACCACGUUCAUGGUGGGGACGGCAUGCCUCCUCCUGUCGUGCAUCCUGUCGAUAUCAACGGCGUCCAUCUUACCGAAGACCCUUUUUGAGGUCAUCUUCCAUAGCGUAGCCACCAUCCUUUAUCUGGCAGCCAGCAUUAACUUCCUCGUGGAGGUUAACCAGAUGAAAAAAAAUUACGGCUACAAAUACGAACCUUACCUUGCAGCUGCCAUUCUUGGACUCAUCAACACAGUGCUUUACCUUCUGAGCACCUUCCUCGCCUACCGCAGCUACAAAGGGAAGUAGGCUGCCUCAGGGGAGGGAACUGACAGAACCCGUGGGCUUUGCAUUCUCUCAUGCAGUAUUGUGCAUUGUACUUUAAUUUUUCCUCAUACAUCAGGCGCUAUUUUAUGUUAGAAUCGCCUAUUCCAGAACAACAAAAUAAUUAUCACGCUUAUAUAUUUAUAAAUUAUUGGAGCUGCCACAUUAUACGUGUCCGUAGAUUUUUUUGGUUCUUUUUUAAUUGGUUGAAAAAGUAGUGAAAGCCCGAUCCAGAGAGAAAUUUAAAAUUGAUUCUUCCCAGACAGAAAUCCAAUCCGAUGUUUUUUUUUUGUUUUGUUCUUCGUUUUUGUCGAUCGACCCAAGAUCGACGUCGAUUUAAUAGGAUUUUUGGCACAACACGUUGAGUGCGGUGGCGUGACGCACAUCGUGGGUUCCGAUAAGAUUGCCUACCACACCGAGCUCAACAUGUUAAAUGGAUGAUGUUUGAUUUCUCAUUUCUGGUUGGGCUUCGUCGUAUUUAUAUUUACAUGGAUCCGUUUUGGGGAACAAUCCGGGUUCGAAUAUGACAUUAACGGGUCUUUCUCUGUGCAACCUCUCACGUCUUCAUUUAAUUAAUGUAUUGUGUAGUGGACUCACCAACCAUUGUCAUCAAACAAAUCACACCAUUUAGAAAAAUCAUCCUCAUGUACCAUUAAGUCAUUAACUAAUCGAUUCAUUUUUAUUAUAAAAAAAUUGUCAGAUUGUUUAAUUGAAAGAAAGAAAUUGUUUCCAGUGUACAUUAUUAUGCACAACUCUAUUAUACAUCGCGGAACGAAAUAUACCUGAAAAUCUUCCAAUUAAAA